ACACCAAAGAGUUACACUCAAGGCUGAUAACUUCACUUCCAGCUUGUUUGUGUCAUGUGACCAGAAUCAGCCUUGAGUCACACUCAACAGGCGAGUGACUCAACACUUCAGUUGAUCAACUUCUCUACUUCACCGUGCUGUAAACUUUGAAAGACUUAGGCUGCGUGCGAAGUUUAAAUGGUAGUAUAGACUUGAUUAACUACUUUAUAAUCACUUCAGAUUGACAUUCAUUACAAAAUAUAAUUGAUUUCUUGUAUUUUUUAAUGAUUUUAUUGCUGUUAUAAUAUUAAUUCCUUCGCGUUGUUAAAAGUGAAAGUAGUGAAACUUAUCUGCGCCAUUAUGGACGAUAGGGAAGAAAGGAGACAUUCAGGUCGUUCUGUCAAUGAAAGCUAUUAUCAAUGCGAUAAAACUUCCGGGUAUGUCAGUAACCAAAAUAGGAACCAACAAAGACCUUAUCCGUAUGGACCUGAUCAGAACCAAUUUGAAACAUGCGAUUACCAAAAUAGGCAGCAACGAAGACCUCAUCCGUAUAGAUCUGAUCAGAACCAACGAAGACCUCAUCCGUAUAGACCUGAUCAGAACCAACAAAGACCUCAUCCGUAUAGACCUGAUCAGAACCAACAAAGACCUUAUCCGUAUGGACCUGAUCAGAACCAAUUUGAAACAUGCGAUUACCAAAAUAGGCAGCAACGAAGACCUCAUCCGUAUAGAUCUGAUCAGAACCAACAAAGACAUCCUCCGUAUAGACCUGAUCAGGAUGUUGUUGCUAUUUCAAAGUAUCUCUCUUUUAUUUUGCGUCACCCAAAGAAAGAUUCGAAACUGCAAAUGACCGAAGAAGGAUAUAUAUACAUUAAUGAUAUUUUAAAAACGUGGAGAUACCGUAAUCUGGGAUUGUCAGAUGUUUUGCAUAUCGUAAGAAGUAAUGACAAGCAGCGAUUUGCUGUUAAAAAAGAUGAUAAUGGAUAUUACAUGAUACGAGCUACUCAGGGACAUUCAGUAGACGUAAAUCUUCGUUUGGAGCCAAUUUUAAAUCCGGAACAUUUUCCUACAGUGGUUCACGGAACCACGUACGAUGCUUGGCAAUUCAUUCGUUGGGAAGGCCUAAAGAAAAUGAACCGCGCAUACAUACAUUUUGCUUCAGGUAUGCCAGAGGAUUCUGGUGUCAUCAGCGGUAUGCGCAAUUCCAGCGUAAUAAGCAUUUUUAUCGACUUGGAAAAAGCCAUUUUAUGUGGAAUUAAAUUUUUCCUUUCGGAGAAUAGGGUGAUAUUAAGCAAAGGAGACCAGAAUGGUAUAAUUCAUCCUGAAUUCUUCCGUUGUGUUAUAAAUCGAAAGACAGGUCAACUUUUAAACUGAAAAAAAAUUAUAUUUUGGGGCAGUUCAACAUUUACGAUGGAAUAGAUAGCUUUGCUUUGCUAAUUAUAUAUAAAAGAAAAUCUUUUCAAAAUAUUUUCCUUGUCUGUUUAUACGAUACAAAAUAAAAUCUAAGUUGUAAAUGGAAACCUUUCAAAACUUACAUCAUGACUAUUACUAAUCACAAAUGUUUAAUUUUUUAUAACUGAUUAAUUCUGUUGGACUUUUUUGCUGAACUGCUUAGUUACAGGGAUGUAAACAAACCAAUGCCAGUUGUCAAGUAGUGAGGGUGAGGUACAAAGACACACACACACAUACAACAGACUUCCACAGUUUCUAUCUACCAAAUCCUCUCACUGGGGUCAGGUAGAGUAGAAGGCACUUGCCGAAAGUGCCAUGCAGUGGAACUGAACUCGAAACCAUCUUAACCACACAGCCAUGUCUGACAAAAAGAAAGAGAACCAUUGAGGUGGUCACGGCUAGGCUUACCUUUGGUUCAUAAUUUUACUUGAUUUGAGCGAACUUUUUAGCUAAACCACAACAUGGAAAGAUCAAUGUAGUCCAUAGCCAAACAACCUCUCUUCUUUUUGUUAGGGAGUUUUUAAACACAAGGGUUACUGUUUGGGGGAGGUCUUAUUUCUUUACUGUUAUGGAUAUUGCAUUUUUCUUUUUCUCUUUUUCUGCUGACUUGUAUAGUCUUAGAUUCAAUUCAGUGCCAAACCAAAAGUACAGAAACUAUUAUUUCACUUAAAUGGUGUUGUUUAAUCUAUUGAUAUUGAUAUUAAUAACUUCACCACACACAUUCAACUCAAUAAUAAUAACAACAACAAAUACUAAAGAUGGUGCUAUGGCCUUUUCUUUGAUAACAUCUUUCUUGCUUAUUUAAAUUCAGUUCAAUGCACACUUGCCUUCAACCAACCAUUUCUCUUUGUGUGUGUGUGUGAUCUUGAUAAUAGUUUAGAACAAGUUGUUUUACACCUAUUACACUAUUUUUUUGUUUUUAUGACCGGGUCGAACGCUUUAGUUUGACCAUUCUAUCAACAUCACAAUGUUUCUAAAAUCAAUUUAUAUCCAUUUCUUUAGCUAUUGAUUUCAACAAUUCCAAUCUAUGUAAGAAAACCCUAAUUAUUUUCUUGAUUGUCUAUUAUAAUCAUUUGUUUAUUAAAUAAAUUGUGUUAUUUUUGCCAAUAUUUCGAAUUCUGUUUGUGUUUUAAAGAUAAACUUUAUUUUUACAUUACGAUAAUGAACUUUUUUUUAUCAACACCUAUUCUGGUAGACGUCCCAUAGCCAUUCGGUGUUAAAAAAACUAAUGUUUAGGUUGAAUCUAUGUCAAAUGUUAGAGAAAGAAACCUAGCUGUUUCUUGCAAUACAUACAUCUAAAGCAAAAGUUUUUUCAGAGGCCCUUAAAAUACUAUUGUGGGUCCACAAAUUUACUAUUUUGUUGCGUGGACCCCCCCCCCCAAAAAAAAUAAAUAAAGACUUAUAUGGACCCCCGUUUCAGAACCACUGAUUUAAGGACUCGAUAUUCGUAAUUAUAUUUAUUUGCUUCAUUUUAACAAUUUAAACGAAAGAAAAACAAACAGAAUUUGCUAUUUUGAAAAUAAUUUUAAUUUCUCCAAACACAUUUAAUUGUGUCAAGGACCUGGAAUCCUUUUAAGGGAUGCUAGCAUCCUAGUUCUCCGGUUUUUACUAGUUUUCAGUGAGAACUAAGGAUAUUAGUUUUGCAUUGAUAUAUAGGUAUUUAAAAUAAUUUUUUCUAGCCCUUUUCAAGCCAAGCCAGGCUCGUGGGCCCGGUUUCUGUGGCGUAUGUCUUCCCCCCUCCCCCAACUGGACGGGACGCCAGUCCAUCGCACGACCUGAAUAUCUAUAUUCAAUCUCGUUUUAUUUUGUAAUUCAUUUACUGUUUCUUCAUAAAUCUCGUAAAAAUCGCCCUAAAAAAAUGUCUUCAAAAAGUA